AUGGAAGUUAGUAGAAGAAUCCAGGGGUGUGGACUGGAGACUUUGUGUAAAUGGGUGACAAAAGGUCAUGUUAAAGGAUCAGAUCAUGAGCACCAUCAGAAUGGCUCAUUGAAGCUUUUUGUAUUUGGGGACUCCUAUGCAGAUACUGGGAACUGGGAGAAAUCUGCAGCUUCUUGGAAAGAGCCUUAUGGAUUCACCUUUCCUGGUAAACCAGCUGGUCGAUUCUCUGAUGGUCGCGUCUUGACAGAUUACAUAGGUGCAUGCUUCUUCUUUCUCUCUCACAUAUUUUCAAUCCCAGAUGAGUGA